ACGUCUCAGUAGGUCGUCUAUCCCCGGCUCGCCUGACAGACAGUCGGGCAGUCGUCCUCUCUAUCUGCCUACCUGUAUAUGUGUCCAUCCGUCGUCUCAAAACGUUGAGGUGAAGCUCGGUGAUGGAGACCGCUGUGGACCGGCGCUCUAGCUUUUCUACCCGCCGGAGACACACAAACUCACCGGAAAAAUAAGGCGACAAAUCCCGGGUUCCAACGGAAAACGCCGCCGCUGCAGUUCAUCACAACGACGCUCGCUACUGUUUAUUUCUUCCUCCUCUUCUUCUUUUUCUUCAACACGUCUUCAGAAACAGAUGCCCUGCUCGGGAAGUUACGGACAAAACACGGAUAAAUCCUCCCAAGUCGUCUUCUCCAAUUUUCAAGAGGCGCUCUCUCACCCAAAGGUGAUCAGCUAGGGAAGAGGAAGGACAGGCAUCAGCUAGGGAAGAGGAAGACAGGCAUCAGCUAGGGAAGAGGAAGACAGGCAUCAGCUAGGGAAGAGGAAGGACAGGCAUCACAGCGAGGGGCAGCAGCUGGAUUAACUGCCCACUGGUGAUCCAGGGACAUUUCACCUGCUUUCACAUUAAGAAAUUAAUGUGAAAGCAGGUGAAAUGGAAGGGGGACAAGUAGAGAUAAAAAUGCGCUUAGAAGAAAGGAGUGAAUAGAAGAUGAGUAAAGGGAGCACAGAUGCCAGAAGUAAAUGACUUUCUCCUCUCUGAGCCUGCUCUUUCCUGACCUCAAUAAGAAACUCUUCAAUAAGGAAACUUCCUCCUACUCAGAUCGAGGCUUCUGAGAAAUGAGCUGCCAAUGAAUCACCUACUAGGUCAUCAGUCAUCUCUACUUGGCCUGGGGGUCUUCUAGAGGGUUGGACCUCCACGCCACCAUGAAAGGGUUGGGGACCAACCGUAACAGACACCUCUCUGACUCCUGUGAACCUUCCCCAGGCCAUCCAGAGGCCCUCUACCCUCCGAGAACCAGCACCCUGACACGCAGCCCUUACCUGCUGAGCCCCACAAUGGAGCACUAUGGCACCAUGGACCCCCACCUUUAUCCAUCAGCCAACCCAGGCUCCCUUCCACCAGACUGCAUGCUGCCCCUCAACAACCAGCUGUCCAACAGCAGCACCUUCCCCAGGAUUCACUACAACUCCUAUGACCAGUCUGACUUCUCCCCCCCUGGGGACAGCAUCGGGGGGAUAAGCACGGGGACCAUGGGCACAUCCAUGUCCAUGGGCAUGGGCAUGGGAACAGGCAUGGGCAUGGCAGGGCUUAGUGGACGGACACCUAUGAUUACAAGCGGCUCAGCAACUAUUUCACAUCAUAUGACCAAAAACCAGGCCCCAACCAGUCUGCUAGAGUUUGAUAAGCAACUACCUGGAGGCCGCGACGGAUUUAGCACGUUGCAGUUUCAUCGAACAUCCGCCGUCGCUGCUGCCAAGCAGCGCACAGACAGUCCUGGUCGCAUCCGUUACAUGCUGCACUCAGUGCAGAAGCUCUUUGCGAAGUCCCAGUCACUGGAGAGCCACAACAUGAAAGGAAAUGUCAAUGGACGCUCUACUGGCAGUGGUGGAGGCUCGUCUGGCACGGAAGACGGUGGGAAGCAGAAUCGCAGAUCCAAAAGUAAAGAUAGGGGUACAAAAUCAGAGGCGACUGCCAAGCGACGACCACGCUCCAACAUGUCAGGUUACUGGAGCUCAGACGAUUUGGACAGCAGCGAUUUGAGCAGCUACCAUAACACCAUGGCCAUGAUGACUCUGGGGCGUCCAACUGGCCACGACAGCCAGGGAGGCCAGAACAGAUACAUCCACAGUGGGUACAACACUAUCAGCUCCUCCAAAACUAGCAAUGACCUGAAGUAUCAGCCACUUUCUGUGCCUGGGGGGGGAGGAGGUGGUGGACUAGGUGAAACAGGAAGAAUGGUAAUUAAUGAUAAUGACUAUAUGAAAGGAGGGUCCUGGUCCACACUGACCAUGGGCCAGCCAAGACAGGUGAUCCAGAAAGGCUCAGCUACUCUGGACAGGUCCAUGCUCAAGUCCAAAUCCUGCCAACAGGAACUAACCUGCAACUACCUGCAGGUUGGACGAAGGGGGGAUUGGAGUAGCACAUUAGGCCGCAGCGGGGGUGCCAAUGAAAUCCCAUGUCGGCGGAUGCGCAGUGGUAGCUAUGUGAAGGCCAUGGGAGACAUGGAGGACAGCGACGACUCAGAGGGAAGCCCCAAACCCUCACCAAAAGGCGCCGCUCGUCGCCAGAGCUACCUCAGGGCUACACAGCAGUCUCUGAGCGACCAGCUACCCCCACGCAACUGUCUUCCAUCUCUCAGAGAGCUCUCCAAUAAUCGCAGCCUGGACAACCUAGACUGCAUUGGGGAGACAGGCUCGUCUUUGCCACGCUGGGAUGAUGAUGACUUCAGCCAGGCCUGCAGCACCUUGGGCAGACGUAGCUGCAUGGAACAGCUACGGGACCUGGAAAUGAGCCAUCAUUACGAGGACCGCGGCUCCGAGUCCACAUACAGAGAUUCCCGUUCUCAAUCUCAGGACAACCCAGAGCCUCCAGACUUGCCCAUGCCAACAUGCUUCCGAUCACGCAGCCACAGCUACCUGAGAGCCAUCCAGGCUGGCUGUUCCCAAGAUGACGACACAGCGUCCAUAGACUCAGGCUGCUCACCGCCUCUGACUGACACCACUGUUCGCACAUACAGCUCCAGCACUGACAACCUGUCCACACAGUGGAAGACAUGGAAAGAACAGUUUGGCUCUUACCUGAUAGCCGCUGGCUUGGACAAAGCCCCAAAGGAGAAACAGCUUGCAAUUUGUCUUCAGCGUUUGGGGACAGACAGACCACGCAUCCUACCCACACGCACAGUCUCUACAUGCAUAACCACCUGUAAGAAGACUGCUCCUCCACCAGUGCCGCCGCGUACAACCUCCAAGCCCUACAUCUCCGUGACAGUGCAGAGCAGCACAGAGUCGGCCCAGGACAACUACCUGGACCAGCAGGACCGCAGGUCAGAGGUCAACAGCCAGUCAAGCCACGCUCACAGCAACUCCUCUGACAGCCUCGACAGCACCCGUGCCAACAGCCUGGCCCGCGGUAUUCCCCGCCCUCCACACAUCAUCCCCACUCCCAUCGCCACCCCGAGAGAGCCAAUUGCCCCCACCACCACCAAUGCUUCCACUGAGACAAGUGACUCAGUAGUCCAGCAUGAAUCCUUGAGGUCAGGAUUUAAUAAAGGGAACCUAGUGGCAGAGGAGCCCCUAGUGGCACCUGUACCCAGGCGGAAACUGUCCUCCAUUGGCAUACAGGUUGACUGUAUUCAGGAAGAUCCACGAGAGGAGACCCCUCCAUUGGCCAAAUUUCAGUCAAUCGGAGUACAGGUGGAGGACGGGUGGCAGCUCAGUCGCUCCAGUAGCAUGGCCUCAAAACAAGAAACAGACUCAGACACACAGGACAUCCCUGUCAUCUCCCAUAUCAAUAAUGCCAAACACUCUGAGAAAAAAAUCAUGGUCAGUAGUGCCAGCCAAUCAAUGAGCUCCCCUCCUGGACAGGACUAUUUAGACAACGGAGACACUACUGGUGACGCCUCUUCACCUCCCCCGCCCAGGCAGAUCCUCAACCGCUCCACCACACGAAGUAGCUCUUCCUCCUUCUCAGAAAGUCUGGACCCAGCGCUGGACCCCUCCUCUCUACCACCUCCAGACCCUUGGCUGGAUAGUGGGAAUGGGAGUAACAGCAGUGUUCCUCAGAGUGGAGGAGGGGGAACGCUGUGCCGACGAGACGGCCACUGGUUCCUGAAGCUACUGCAGGCCGAGACGGGACGCAUGGAAGGCUGGUGCCAGCAGAUGGAACAGGAGACCAAAGACAACCAGCUCUCAGAGGAGGUGCUGGGGAAGGUUCGCAGUGCUGUAGGAAGUGCCCAGCUCCUAAUAUCCCAGAAGUUCCAGCAGUUCCGGGGACUAUGUGAACAAAACCUGAAUGUGAAUGCCAACCCGCGGCCCACCGCCCAGGACCUGGCUGGUUUCUGGGACCUGUUGCAGCUCUCCAUCGAGGACAUCAGCCUCAAGUUCGACGAGCUCUACCAUCUCAAGUCCAAUGACUGGCAGCCCGUGCCGUCUGCGGCUGCCCAGUCGCCCCCUGAGCGGAAGGACGAGGAGAAGGUGGCCCCUCCAGCUUCAAAGAAGCCCGGUAAGGGACGGCCAUUGCUGGGCCGCGAGAAGAGUGCAGACUCCUCAUCCACCUCUUCCUCGGCCUCGGCAGAGAAGCAGAGACAAGAGGCUCGAAAGCGUCUGCUGGCUGCUAAAAAGGCGGCCUCGUUUCGCCAGAACUCCGCCACAGAGAGCGCAGACAGCAUCGAAAUAUAUGUCCCCGAGGCCCAGACUCGCCUCUGAGAGAAACAGUGAGAUGGAAGUAUAUGGGGUCGAAUCAAAGAUGUUACCGGGAAAGAGGAGAGAAACUUUUCCGAUGCAAAAGAAAUACUCUGAAUAAAGAUGGAUUUGGGGGGCGACGGGGGGCAGAUCAGAUUCUUAGCGAUUGGGGUGGGGGCAUUUUUGGCAUUUUUGACACACACAGUUAUAGGCUGGUCCUGGUGGCAUCAAACACUACUUAACAAAACAGAAACUUCUGUGGACCCUACAGACUACGAAGCAGGGGACUCCUCAUUUGAGGCUGCCAUUGAAAACCUCAGCCGAUGAACUUUGUCAUUUCUUGUUACUACUCUUGAUAUCAUACAAUUAUUAAUGACGGUAUUGUUAUUAUGAUGAUUAUAUCCUAAAGAAUCUAUUUGAAGACUGUUUUAAACAUUCCUCUAUCUUGGCUAUAAGAUCUAUUAAGUGGACAGAAGGCAAACAUUAAUGCUCUUCUAUCUCCCAUCAUCUUCUUCCCAGGUCACUGGCCAUCUUGUAGCUUUGCACAGCACCACCUUGUGGCCAUCACACACGCACUGCACACACCACAAACUAUACAAACACCUAUGUACGUCUUCCUUGUAUUUAUUUGUUUACUUAAUCAUAUUUGUUUUGUAUAAAAAUCCAUUUAGAUCUGUUUAUGAAUAUUUUUGGUAUGAUGAAAGUGAAAGUCAGAUUUGAAAGGGUAUUUAUAUUGUUCCUAGCAAUUAACUCUUGUCUGUGUGUGUGUGUGUGUCUUGUGUCAUACAUUUUAAACACUGGGGAGAAUCUGUAAAGUUUAGGUUUUUUUAAUGGUUUUGAAUGAAAGCACAUUGCGAUAAUUAUUGAUGACCGAGCAUGAGGAUCUCAAUUUCAGACAGUGUUAGCGGCCACAAUAUUACAGUUUUGUUUUUUGUAGGGAAGUCUUCUAUUCAUUUUAGUCUCUUUUGCUUCACUCUGUCCCAUUAAAUUUGUUUUUCCAUGUUUGUGCUGUAACUCCAGAUAUGUGAAUAUUUCAAUCAGGAUUUGUGUCCCAUCUGUCUGUUUAAUGCAUCUUUAAGUGCUUUUAUUAAUCUCACUUAGCAUUCAACUCAUAUAAUCUAGGGCUUUUAUUGAAGUAAUGCUGCAGGUUGAGCAUGCAGGGUAUUGUUUGUGGGGAGGCACAUUAGGACAUGUGUCUUGCUGUUAUUUUUAUACUGUUUCCAAAAGCAUUCUGAUUUUAUUUUGCCUCCCAUCACUCAACAAAAUCAGUUUUACUUCUUCACUACCAUUAUUGUUUCUUCUCAUUGAACAUCAUCCAAAAAAAGCUGCACUUUUUUUAUUCGAAGAAAAAAAUAUUUAAUUAAAGCAUU